GACACAAGUGGUAUUAGAGCCACACUAUAUAGCUGUCACCUUCAGGGGUUCAGCAAACAGUACCACUUAAUCACUGCACGCUUGUUUCCUGUGCCUUGGCGGUGCAAGUCUUUGGACUUUGUCAGUGGUUUGCGUUUGUGUAUUUUACGUUCAGUGUUUCACUUUAAAAUAAAUAAAUAAAUAAUAAAAAAAAAAAACAAUGUCCGGAGAAGAAGCAGAUGCACAGCAACAGAAGACUGAAGAACAAAAGCAAGACACCAAACCAGAUGAAGACGAGCAAAACGAGCAGCAGCCGCCGCCUGCACAAGAAGUUGAGAAGCCCCACGAUGAAGCUUCAUACAAGUCCUUGGUGCUCUCGGGCUACGGGGGCUACGAUAAGGUGAAGCUGCAGGUGAAAAAGGGGGAGCUUGUCCCGAAAGCCGGGGAAGUGCUGGUUCGGGUGAAAGCUUGUGGUUUGAAUUUUGCAGAUCUGAUGGGCAGACAGGGUCUCUACGACAGGCUUCCAUCCCCGCCCGUCACCCCGGGAAUGGAGUGCUCGGGGAUUGUAGAGGCUUUGGGCGAAGGUGUGACCGACAGAAAGCUUGGUGAUAAGGUGAUAGUAAUGAACAGGGCAGGCAUGUGGCAGGAAGUGGUUACCGUGCAAACCAGCCACACCUUCCUGAUGCCCGAAGGCAUGACCUUUGAAGAGGCAGCCGCUAUUCCAGUGAACUAUGUCACAGCUUACAUGAUGAUCUUCGACUUUGGAAACCUAAGGCCCAACCAAAGCAUACUUAUCCACAUGGCAGCAGGUGGUGUUGGGAUUGCUGCCACCCAGCUGUGCCAAACUGUGAAGGAUGUGAUUAUCUUCGGAACCUCCUCUGCUUCCAAGCACAAUGCCAUCAAAGAGAAUGGAGUCACUCACACCAUCGACUACAGAACCAUGGAUUAUGUAGAUGAAAUCCGGAAACUUUCUCCCAAAGGUGUUGAUAUUGUUCUGGACCCCCUUGGUGGAUCUGACACCUGUAAGGCCUUUAACCUCCUCAAACCGAUGGGCAAACUCAUUACAUAUGGUGCUGCAAACCUUUUGACUGGGCAGAAGAAAAAUGUAAUGGCCCUGGCUAAGACCUGGUGGAACCAGUUCAGCAUCAAUGCCAUGCAGCUGCUGCAGUCUAACAAGGCAGUGUGUGGGUAUCACCUGGGCUUCCUGGACGAGGAGAUGGAACUGGUGGGAGGUGUCCUGUCCAAAAUACUGGACCUCUACAAGCAGGGAAAGAUCAAGCCUAGAGUGGACUCUGUCUGGCCAUUCCAACAGGUGGGUGAUGCAAUGAGGCAGAUGCAGGAAAGGAAGAACAUUGGAAAGGUCAUUCUUGUUCCAGAGGCUGAGAAAGAAGAGAAGAAAGAGGAGAACUAGGGCAGCACAGGAUCUAUGCAGCCAGUCUCUACAAAAGGUUGUUCAGUUGUGAUCAGAGUUUCAUUUGCUGAUCUUUUCAGGACCUGGAAACAGAUUUGACCACUAAAGACCCCCCCCCCC